CCGGCAGAACCACGAAGAAAACGCAAAGCAAACCAAGCAAACAUCAGAGUAAGAACUCAGAGAAGUCCGAUCGUUCCACCUCCAAAUUCGCAGCUAUUCCGACGAUGUCGAUGAUCCGCCGCAGCAACGUGUUCGACCCCUUCUCCCUCGACCUCUGGGACCCCUUCGACGGCUUCCCCUUCGGCUCCGGCAGCGGCAGCCUCUUCCCUCGCGCCAACUCCGACGCGGCGGCCUUCGCCGGCGCGCGGAUCGACUGGAAGGAGACGCCCGAGGCGCACGUGUUCAAGGCGGACGUGCCGGGGCUGAAGAAGGAGGAGGUCAAGGUGGAGGUUGAGGACGGCAACGUCCUCCAGAUCAGCGGCGAGCGCAUCAAGGAGCAGGAGGAGAAGACGGACAAGUGGCACCGCGUGGAGCGCAGCAGCGGCAAGUUCCUCCGCAGGUUCCGGCUGCCGGAGAACACCAAGCCGGAGCAGAUCAAGGCGUCCAUGGAGAACGGCGUGCUCACCGUCACCGUGCCCAAGGAGGAGCCCAAGAAGCCCGACGUCAAGUCCAUCCAGAUCACCGGCUAGAGCAUUGGGCUAAUCUAAAACGAUUUAUCUGUGGCUUCAAGUGUAUCGAUCACUUAUGUGAGGUGUAAUUACUGGUGUUUUUGGUGUGCUCUGGUUCCUUUCAAGUGUGUUGUUGCCGCUCGAACUACUCCGCUAUGUAAAACGGUAAAACCUGUUGUCUCAUUAUGAAAGUGAACUAUAUUAUGUUCUACUACUACUCUACUUAGUCAA